AUGGCAGAGCCCCGGGUACCGCAGCAGGAGGAGGGCGGGCGGGCUCCCCCGGCUGCGGGCUCCCUGCCAGGAGCGCUCGGGCAUCGCGCAAGGUUCGAGCCCGCGCUGCAGAACGAGAACCUGCAGCUCGGGAGGGGCCGCACAGCGCGGGCAGCGCUUGGGGGGCGUUCGAGAGAUGCUCAGGGGGCCGCGGGGAAGUCGGAAGAUCAUCUGCCCAAAAUCAAAAGCCCGGACUCAGCAGGCCCCGUUACCGGCGGUUCUGCCUACGAAGCAGGAAAGCGCAAAGCCCCCGGUUCCCGCGGCUUUGUUAAAAAGCCCUCGCGACACCAGCCCCGGCCCGGCCCCCCCCCGGCAGCCCCUAUAUACCUGGGGCCGCAGAGCCUGAGCAUCCUCCGGGUGGAAGGAGUCGAUGAGGAUAAUAGAGCCAGCAGACGUGGCGUGAGUGGUGAUCCCACAUUUGGUAGCAGGGAUGGGGAGGGUGUGGCAGAAGGAGCUGCUUUUCGGGAGCUGAAUUUCCUGUUUGAACAUUCCCACUGGAAAUAUGUAGAUUCCCAUCUGCUUGGACCGGGAGUGUGGCCGUGUCCCUGCUCUUCACCGCAGGCCCUUUCUCCUCCCUUCCCCCAGAUCACUUUCUACGAAGGCAAAUGCUUCACAGGCAGGAAGCUGGAUGUUUGUGGCAGCUGCAACAGCUUCCAGGACCAAGGUUUCCUCAACCGAGUCAACUCCAUCUGUGUCCAGAGUGGAGCUUGGGUCUGCUUCGACCACCCCGACUUCCGAGGGCAGCAGUACAUCCUGGAGCACGGCGAGUAUCCCGACUUCUACCGCUGGAACGGGCGCAGCGACCACCUGGGCUCCUGCCGGCCCAUCGGGAUGCACGGUGAGCAUUACAGGAUCGAAAUAUUCGAGGGGAGCCAUUUUAGGGGUCCCAGCCUGGAGCUGACAGAAGACUGCUCCUUCCUGCAGGGACAAGGCUGGGACAAGACCUGCAUCAACGCCCUCAAAGUGUACGGCGACGGCGCGUGGGUGCUGUACGAGGAGCCCAACUACCGAGGCCGCAUGUACGUGGUGGAGCGCGGCGAGUUCAGCAACUUCAACGAGUGGCAGGCGCGCAGCGCCAGCGUCCAGUCCAUCAGGAGAGUCGUCAACUACUUCUAGCUGAGCUCCCUCCCCGCCAGCCAUGGCUGCUGAGACUGAGCAUCACCCUCCUGCCCACUCACUGACCCCUGGAAUAAAUUG